ACUCUCUGCAGCGGCUGCACCGACGGCAGCGCUCAACCCACGCUUACCCACAAAAGAUGCGCCUUUCACCCAGCCUAUUGCUGACAUGGCCGGCGCCAUCACCUGCCCCAACGGUGUACAGGGCAAACCUGGCGGUGUCGUUUUGCUGGUACAUGGAACCACGCUCACGGGCAAAAUCACGUACUCGGAAAGCCCCUUCAUUACUCAAUUGCCGAGCGCUGGACCUGGCUUCGACGUAUGCUGGAUUGAUUUACCCAAUCAGUCCAUGAGCGAUGCCCAAGUGUCUGGAGAAUACGUUGCGUACAACAUCAUUCAACUGUCAAAAAAGAGCGCGACGGGCAAGGUCAAGGUUGUUGGCCACAGUCAGGGCGGUGGUCUCAACAUUCCCCACGCACUCCUCUUCUGGCCCUCCGCACGCAAUGUCGUCGACGACUUCGUCGGGCUGGCGCCUGACUUUCAGGGCAUCAAACUUACCCUCUAUGCCAUAUGCGCAGCCGAGGAUGCCCUCUCUCUGGGGGAGGGUUGUGCGCCGAGCCUCAUUCAGCAAAACGCCGACAGCAACUUCAUCGCAGCGCAGAACCUUCUUCUUACUCAUGCACUCGUCCCAACGACGGUCGUCUACACGGAACUGUUCGAUGAAUUCCUACUAGGAAAUGACCCAUUGGCUGCCGCCAUCCUGCCCGUCGGACCCGAAACAAGCGCGCUCAAUGGGUCAGCUCAAUUUCCGCUACAAUCUCAAGAUGUAUGCGGCCCGUCCCAUGCUGUCGAGCACAUCUUGCUACCCUUCGACCAGGCGGCUUACGCGAUUGCAGAGCAAGCCUUUACCUCCAGCGGUACUGCAGACAUCACCAAGUUCGACAAGUCGAGCUGCCAGCAAAACAAUCUUGGUGCGCCCGUUGCAGAGAUCCAAAACGUGGUAACUGUCGCCUUUGAGCUGGUGACCGCUGACGGGACGAAUUCGAGAUCCGAGCCACCUCUCAAGCAAUGUGAGAAACCAAAGACCUAUUUGAGAGUCGACUCUCUCGCUGACCAAACUACACACCUUUCUCAUCAAGAUGUGUGCGAUGCGGGGGCAGCAACAAACUGCGCCUAGAUGAAUCAUCUACCAUUCCUGCUAGAAAACUCUAUCAUAUCAUAGCUAGUAACUCACUCACCCCUUCCCUUUUUUUACCGCAUCUUAC